AUGGCUCGACAAGCCAUCGGAAAAGACUUACCGACUUUCAAAGGAUCCACGGCCGAUUGGAUCCUAUUCGAAAGAAUAUUUUACCAAACGACGGAAGCGUGUGGGUUUUCGUCGGCGGAAAAUAUGCUACGGUUGCAAAAAUGUUUGCAAGGAGAUGCUUUGGACGCGGUUAGAGCUCUAAUAAUGACGACGAACGUGGAGCGCGUAAUAGACGUUUUAAGACGGCGUUUCGGGCGAGCUGACCACAUAAUCGAGGAUUUAAUGAACAAAGCGACGAACACAGCGAGCGUUAAGGAAGACAAACCUUUAACAAUGAUAAGAUUUGCUGAAAACGUGACUAACUUAGUAGCGACAGUCGAAUCUCUCGAUCAACCUGCUUACUUAUCAAACCCAAUUCUCAUUCGACAACUAGUUAACAAAUUACCCGCGACAAUUAAAAUGAACUGGGGUAAAAGGGCCGCAAAGGACCACAGCGGCACAAAUUUACUCAGUUUCGCGAGCUGGAUAUCUGAAGAGGCAGAAGCCGCGAGCGCGAUAUACCAACCGCUACCACCGGAAAAGGAAAAAAGCGAAAAACGUGUUUUAUCGUGUCGCGAGGAAAACAUCGACGAAAAGAAAAGAAAAUGCCACUUCUGUAAUAAAACUUCGCACCAGACAAGUGCUCAUAGCAUCAAAUUAUGCAAACAACCAACAUGUGACAAGCCUGGUUGUACGCGAAGACAUCACCCCACCCUUCACAACGAUUUUCUCGAAAGACAAGCGGAAAAAUCAGCGGAGAAGACGGAACCAGACACGGAAAACGACGCGGAACGUGUUAACUGUACGAGAAAGAACGCGAAACGUGUAUACCUUCGCAUUCUGCCAGUAACAUUGAAAGGACCUGACCGCGAAAUUGACACUUAUGCACUACUCGACGGGGGUGCAACGGUCUCCCUGAUAUCCGAUGACAUCGCCAAUCAACUUGGAUUAAAAGGACCAAAACGACCUCUGAUCACUUCAUGGUAUGACGACAGUACCAACGAAGAUCGCGAGUCAAGACAAGUCAGCCUCGAGAUUCGCGGGACUACGGGAAAGACCUAUACGAUAAAAAAUGCUCGCACGACAAAAAUGAAAAUGCCAGGUCAGUCAAUGACAGUCGAUGUAGAAAAGUGGCCAUAUUUAAAGGACGUGGACAUCCACGAUCUGGAUAACGCUACACCGACCAUUAUGAUCGGCGAGGAUAACUUGCACGUCAAAAAGGUUAUCCAACAAAUAACUGGGAAAGUGGGAACACCAUUUGCAACAUUGACACCGCUUGGUUGGAUGGUUCACGGACCCGACAACAAUGAACGAGUAGAUAAGGAUUUCGCCUUUCUUAUCAGACAGAAAGGAAACGACGAAGAAAUCAACGAACAGAUUCGCGAAUUUUGGACAACAGAAUCGUUCGGCGUCUCACCAGUAAAAAAAUCCUUAAGCUCAGUAGAAGAGCAAAGAGCCAAGGAAAUAAUCGACAAAACCCUGAGACGUGUGAACGACCGCUGGGAAGUAGGUUUGCUCUGGAAAACGGACCAAGAAGUUUUACCGGAGAGCCGCGAGAACGCUUUGCGACGACUCUUAUCAAUUGAAAGAAAGAUGGCGCGCGACCCAAUAUUUAAAGAAAAAUAUAGUGAAAAUAUGCAAGCUUACAUAAAAAAAGGAUACGCGCGUAAACUCACCGACGACGAGGCGCGAAACGAAACGGACCGGACGUGGUACCUACCACACUUCGCAGCAUACAACCCACAAAAACCAAAGAAACUUCGCAUGGUCCUCGAUGCAGCUGCGAAAAGCUAUGGACUUAGCUUAAACGACCGGCUACUGAAGGGAGCAGAUCUCCUUAGCUCUUUACCAGGACUACUGUUCAAAUUUAGGGAAAAAAGAAUCGCUAUAUGUGGAGACCUUCGCGAGAUGUUCCAUCAGGUACGCAUCAGGAAAGAAGACUGCGGAAGUCAACGUCUCCUGUGGCGUGACGAAAAAACAAAGGAAAUAUGUACUUUGGAAAUGGUUGUUAUGAUCUUUGGAGCUAUCUCUUCUCCAUACGUUGCACUAGAAGUGAAAAAUCGCAACGCGGAACAGUUUAAGGAAAUGUACCCAGAAGCGUGUGAAGCCAUCAUCGACAAUCACUACGUGGACGACUUCCUCAUCAGCGUAGACACCGAAGAAGAAGCCACGAGGAUGCUCGACGAAGUUAUACUCGUACAUCGCAAAGGAGGAUUCGAAAUGCACAACAUCAUGACGAGCUCGUCGGAAGUACGAGCGGCAAUUGAUCCAAGCAUCCUAGCACCUACGGGAAAAGGCGUCACACUGACGGACGAAAACAAUACCAGAAUACUCGGAGUACACUGGUCACCGGAAACAGACAGUUUCCACUUCUGUACACAAUUCCCUAAACUGGAUAAACAACUGACGACGGAAGUAAAGUCACCGACUAAGAGAAAGAUAUUACAAGUCGUAAUGUCAGUUUACGACCCAUUCGGCUUCCUUUCACCACUAACGAUUCGAGCAAAGAUACUUCUUCAAGAGAUUUGGAAAGAAGGAACUCACUGGGACGAAGAAGUAUCACCCGAGAUUUCUAAAAUAUGGAAUGACUGGUUAAAGGACCUGAAGAAAAUUGACGAAAUAAAAAUACCACGUUAUUACGUCGGUGGUAUUGGAAAACUUAAGAAUGUGCAACUUCACAUAUUUUGUGAUGCCAGCACCCAAGCCUUCGCUGCAGCCACAUAUCUCAGACUAGAGGGGGACCACGGAAUCCACAUCACUUUAGUCACGUCAAAAUCAAGAGUAGCACCAAUAAAAAUACUGACCGUACCAAGACUGGAGCUACAAAGUGCGGUAAUGGCAGCCCGACUUUCGACGUUCAUCAGACAAGAACACAAGACACAACUGGAUCGGGUCGUAUUCUGGUCUGACUCACAGACGGUCUUGGGAUGGAUACGAUCCGACGCACGAAAAUAUCAACCAUUUGUUGCUCAUAGAAUCGCGGAGAUUCUAGAUGUUACUUCGACAAACGAGUGGCGAUGGAUUCCGACGGAACAAAACAUAGCAGACGACGCAACCAGAAGCAAGAAUCAAGAACCUCUAAAACAGACCAGUCGUUGGUUUCAAGGACCUAGUUUCUUAAAACUAGAAGAGACAGAGUGGCCUGUACAAAAAAUGCCGGACAGACAGUCCGACGAAAUCAAGAAAGAAAUGCGAAAAGAAUUCUGCUUUACGACACAAGUGGAACAAUGCCUACUGGACUGCAGCAAGUACUCGUCAAUACAGAAGAUCACGCGAGUUUGUGCCUGGAUACUACGAUUCAUCGAACGCUGUAGAAAAAAGAAGACUACAGGGAAUUCAUGGGAACUAACGGGAUCAGAGAUUCAACGAGCAGAAGAACAAGUACUUCGUCAAUCCCAAAAGGAAUCAUUUCCAAAUGAGUGGAACCUUCUACAGACCAAAAGAGAAGUACCACCGAGUUCAAAAAUUGUCUCACUUUCACCUGUGUUUAAGGACGGACUAAUACGGAUGAAUGGACGAGUAAGCAAAGACGGAUCUGGAUUCCAACCAAUAAUAUUGGAUGGACGAAACCAUAUUGUACGAUUACUGAUCUUACAACACCACCGAAAAGCUGGACAUCACGGAAGAGAGCGUGUCGUAAACGACCUUAGACAAAACUACUGGAUAACGAGUAUACGCACAGCAGUACGACGAUCCUGGAAUGACUGCUUGCUUUGUAAACACAGACGAGCAAAACCAGUAGCUCCCAUGAUGGCACCACUACCAACUCCCCGACUGCAAGACAACGUAGUGGCAUUCACUGACACCGGAGUAGACUACUUCGGCCCCAUGCAAGUUACCAUAGGACGAAGGCAUGAGAAAAGAUACGGAGUCUUAUUUACAUGUCUGACAAUUAGGGCUAUUCACUUGGAAAUAGCUGCCUCGCUUGACACCGACUCAAUGAUUAUGGCUUUGCGACGGAUGAUGGCCCGUCGCGGCAAACCGCAGCGCAUAUAUUCGGACAACGGGACAAAUUUUCACGGCGCCUGCGAAGAACUGAGGAAAGCAGUUCUCAAUCUGGACAAAGAAGAAAUUUUAAAAGAAGCUGCAAUGGAGAAAAUCGACUGGCACUUCAUACCACCCGGGAGUCCUCACAUGGGAGGCUGCUGGGAACGACUCAUCGGUUCAGUAAAAAGGGCACUGAAUGUUUCCCUGAAAGAACGGGCACCGAGAGAAGAAGUACUACAGACACUCUUUGCCGAAGCCGAAUACGCAAUCAACAACAGACCACUUACCUACGUGUCAGACGACCCAGGAGACAACCGAAGUCUCACACCAAAUGACUUCCUGGGACUAAAACCGGCAGCCGCACGACAAGGACGAGGACCAGGUAUGCUUACGGCCUCAGAUGGUGAAGCCUUACGCAGACAGUGGCGAUACUCUCAGUGGCUUGCCAAUCAAUUUUGGCGACGCUGGAUCAAGGAGUACCUACCUUCAAUCAACCGGCGUGCAAAGUGGCAUCGAGAGCGACCAGAAGUAAAAAUAGGAGAUCUCGUUGUCAUCUGGGACGAGAACGCCCCUCGCAACCAGUGGAGGCGAGGACGCAUAUCAGCUGUACACCCAGGGAGAGACGGAAGAAUCCGAGUGGCGGAUGUUAAUACAUCAACUGGGACACUACGACGUUCCGUAAAUCGACUGUGUGUCCUCGAGAUACCUUAA